AUGUUUAGAAACACUUUAUUAAGAACUUUGAGAACUACUAGACCAGUUGCAUCUACUAUAAUUAGACCAUCAACUCUUGCGUUAAGACAACAACAACAACAACAACCAACUCCAUUACAAUUUCAAUUUAUCCGUUCAUAUAGUGAUUUUCCAGAAUUAACUAGAGAAAUAGCUAAAGAAAGAAUUAUUGAAAUAUUAGAAGGUUAUGAUAAAGUAGAUGCUUCUAAAGAAAUUACUGAUUCAAGUUCUUAUACUUCUGAUUUAGGUUUGGAUUCAUUAGAUGUUGUUGAAGUUAUUAUGGAAUUGGAACAUGAAUUUAAUAUUCAAAUUCCUGAUAAUGAAGCUGAUAGUUUGAAAACUGUUGGUCAAACUAUUGAAUAUAUCUUGGCUCAACCUGAUGCUAAUUAA